AUGGUGCAGUUGAACAUUUUCCAACAUGCCCCAGCUACGCUGCAGAUGGACACCCAAGAACAACAGUAUUUAAACUAUCCUGACAAUGGGAAUUCCAGGAGCUUUUGAAAGGUGUCUUUGGGAAGAGACAUCACAAGGCUCAAACAAGAUAUGCUAAAGAAGACACCAAGAUGGGAAGGAAGGGAGGAGCAGAAAAAAAUGAUGGAACCAGUUGCCAGGGUGGGAGAAGCCAAGGAGAAUGUGACUGUGAAACCAGCCUCUGGGUUGGAGGGAAAUAAGACAACAGUGAAAACAGUCCUGAGAAUGCAGGAAAACAAUGAGAAAAGAGCAGUGACAACAGCCCCAGGGGUGGAAGAAGCCAAGGAAAAGAUGACAGUGAAACCAUUUCCCAGUGUGGAGGGAGCCAAGGAGAAGACAACAGUGAAACUAUCCUCUGGGGUGAAGAGAGCUCAGGAAAACAACACAUCCAGACCAAAGCCGAAAGACCUUCCUGCAUCAGUGGAAACUGUAAGACCUGUUCCUCAGGCUGCUGCAGUGAAAGAGAAGCAGCAGCUGAGGGCUGCUGACUUCAAGUCAGAGCCAUGGUGGGAUUUUAAGGACCAGUACCUGCUGGACAACUCAUCUCCACGCUGGACCUGCUCUGAAUCAGUGAAGGCCAAAGCUGCCAAGUCCGACUGGCUGUGAGAUCUUUUCCUGCCCAACAUCGUGCUCUUCACAGACAAGAGACACUUCAGUGACAGUGAAUGGGACCGCCUGGAGCAUUUUGCACCUCCCUAUGGCUUCAUGGAGCUGAAUUACUCAUUGGUGAAGGAGGUGAUGUCCCUCCUGCCCCCAAAUCCCCACCAGCAGCUGCUACUGGCCAACAGCACCAGCAGCAAGCUAACAUGCAUCAGCUGUGCUGUCAUGGGGAAUGGAGGAAUACUGAGUAACUCCGGGAUGGGCCAGGAGAUUGAUUCCCAUUACUAUGUCUUCCGGGUGAGCAGGGCUGUGAUCAAAGGUUACGUAAAAGAUGUCAGAACAAAAACCUCCUUUUAUGGAUACACAGCCUACUCCCUGGUGUCCUCUCUCCAGGUCUUGGGACACAGAGGCUUCAGCAACAUCCCACAGGGAAAACAUGUCAGAUACAUUCACUUCCUGGAGGGAACUAGAGACUACGAGUGGCUGAAUGCUCUUCUGCUGAACAAGAACAUCAGGAAAGGAUUCUUGAAUGACUACGGGCAAAGGCCCCGGGAGAGAUUUGAUGAAGGUUUCACGAUGGAAAGAUACCUGGUGGUUCACCCUGAUUUCCUCAGAUACAUGAAGAACAGGUUUCUGAAAUCUAAAACUCUGCAAAAGCCCUACUGGAGGCAUUACAGACCCACAACAGGGGCCUUCCUGCUGCUGACUGCCCUCCACCUCUGUGAUCAGGUGAGUGCCUAUGGGAACAUCAUGGAGGGGCACUAAAAGUACUCGGAUCAUUACUAUGACAAGGACUGGAAACGUCUGGUUUUCUACACCAACCAUGACUUCAACCUGGAGAAGCAGGUGUAGAAAAAGCUUCACAAUGAGAAUAUCAUGAAGCUUUACCAGAGAUCCUGA